UGUUGACUGCAUUUAUGGAUAAGGUGGAUGAUCUGUAUAUGGACGUGACCGAUGUCUUGGUACGUCAUGUCUGUAUACGAAUGUGGUCAACCACCAUAUGCAUGCAGUACACCUCCCUCACAAGAGGGGCCAGCUUUCUCGAUUGGGGAGACAAACGCUUGGUUAAGGCUUUGCUCAUGUUUCUGAGUUUGAACGUGGGGGUUGGGGUGGGGUGGGACUGUGGGGUGGGACUGGGGUUGCGGUAUGGCUGGUGGCGUCCAGGUCUGAGAAUAGCGCCUCCAGAGGCCCCUGUAACUGGGUACAUGUUUGGAAAAGGCGUGUACUUCGCGGACAUGGUUUCAAAGAGUGCAAAUUACUGCUGUACGAGACCUGGAGGAAGCGAUGCUGUUCUCCUAUUGGCAGAGGUGGCACUUGGAGACAUGAGAGAGCUUACCGAUGCAGAUUAUAAUGCAAACAAACUUCCACCUGGCAAACUCAGCACGAAGGGACUUGGUAAAGUGGCACCAGAUCCAAAGGACGCAAUCAAACUUCCAGACGGGACUGUCGUUCCGCUGGGAAAAGGAAAAGACACAAAUGUGGACAAGGGGUAUCUUUGUUACAACGAGUAUAUCGUAUACAAUGUGGACCAGAUACGCAUGCGGUAUGUCCUCCGGGUCAAGUUCCAAAAUUAGCGUUAGCAAGGCAAGGAGUUGAGAGGAUCCGGACAGACAUGAAGACUGGAUUCAGGUUGAGGGUCAACAAGCAUGGCAUCUGUUUCUUUUCUUUUCUUUUCUUUUCCUUUUUUUUUGGGGGGAGGGGAGAAGACCACCACGGCUGCAGCUCACUAUCAAACUGGGACAAGAGCCCAUGUAUGAUGGAGGGGACACCUUUUUUUUUUUUUUUUUUUUUUUUUUUUCGCUGCGGUCAUAUCCGUGGAUAGCAGCAUGUGCUGGGAACCGAGUCCAGCAUCCCUUUUACGCAGAUGCCGAUGCCUUUCCUCUGUGUUUGAGGAGGAUCUGAGGGAACACACACUCUCACAGGCAGACGGAGCACAGUCACACAUGCAAACACAGACACACAUGCAGGUUUGCCCUUACGGCAGAUGGCCUUUCUCUCAGAAUAACCCCUUGUGUGGGCCCCUGGCACCUAAGCACACAAUAAGACCGGUCUUGGGGCUCUUUUUAACCCCUUGUAGUUUUUGGAUGGAUUUUUUUUUUUUUUUUUUUUUUUUUUAAUGUUAAGUGAUCUUUAUGGAACCCACACACACGUAACCUCCUGAUGAGUCGGUGAAAGUCCAAUGAAACAGUCUGCCACGG